UUUGUGUGCUGUUGAUUUAUCCAAAAAAAAAGACACAAACACGUAGCCUAUAGACCAUAUCACUGCUGUCAUGUCAUUGGCCCAUGAACAUCUCCUGAAUCAGGCAAUUCAAUGUCAAAACAGCUAUCAUAAUUUUAUUUAUCAAUAUGUGUCUCUUUUUUGAUUCUGGGAAGCUAUAGAGAUUUUAAAUGUAAAACAGGAAAUACGUUGGGACCAUUGUUUUUGUUUGGGUCCCUCAAAAUGGUGUAGGUUUUAAAAACCGCUAGUUUAAUGUAAAGGAUAAAACUUGAAUCCUUUUUAUGUUCUAUAGCUCAAUAACCCAAGUCUUUCUGUUGUGCUGAAAAAGAAAACAAGUCGGCUACUUUUAGAUAUAGGCUACCGUAAAUUUAACCAUAAUCCACAUAGCGUCCAGAAAUUAUGCGUAUACAUAAACAUUCUAAGAAAACCAUCUUCGUGCAUGCAACCCUAAUGUUAUGCAACAGCGAUGACCAGCACAUGUGUGUAGUCUAAUAUGUCUAAGUUUGGUCAAUAAUUAAUUUGUUAGUGUAGAGUUGCAAGCGCACAGUUGCCAUGGCCGCGUUUCAAACCUACAAUGACUGCUUCCAUACGGAUAAGAAACAGGCAUCCGACUGUCUGUGAAAUGUAAAAUAGCGAGUUUGAGUUCAGCACCAUGGACAAGAAUUCUGUUUCCUAAAGAAGAUAUGAAGUAAGUUUUUCACGGGGAGGAGAGUGAAGAGGGACAUGGAAAAAAGAAAACAAUCUGAUCGUCUUAUAAGAACAAGGUAUUUAUAUAGGCUAGAUUUAUUAUAAAACAAGCUGGCAAGUCACAAUUUGAUGAGCACGAUGCUAGCACCCUCUUGGGCUUUGAACCAACAUCCCUUCGGUUUUCAUCCCAGCUAUUUAACAACUAAAUUGCGCCAACCAGGCACCCAGCGUGAUGUUUAAGAAAAUCAACGCCGUUUUUCGGCCGAACCAUCCUGCGCCUCGCUCUCGGGACAGGUUCAGGUCCACUGAGGACUAUCACAGCGCGUGCACCGUGAAGUUGGUCCGGAGCACGUCGAUGCUCGUGGUCGGGGAGAGCAGUCGCGCGCUGCGGGACUCGACGCUGAAGCGGAGCGUGAGCGCCGUGAGUGUGGAGUCCAGCACCGCCCUCUACUAUUACCAGAGCCGAGAGGACCGAGUGUGGCUCUACUCCCAGAACCAGGACUGUCUAGAAUACUUACAGGAGCUGGUGGCGCUCAGGCGUCAGUACACCAAGAGCAUUAAUGACCUCAAGGACGGGGAGCGUAAAGAAACCGCGUCCCGCAAGAAGAAUGCAGCGCCGCGGCCACCGCAGAGCAGCGCACCACAGACUUCACGGCCUGUACCUUCUGCUCCACCAAUGCCAAAUGAAGAAGACACGCUCCAGUUCUUUGAUGAAGUGAUCGCAAGCUGUGACCCGGAGCCCAGCAGAAAACCACAUGUGGACAACGGCCAUGCAGACGUCGACUUUAUAGUGGCAACCAGUACCAGUGAGCAUGAUCUUCACUCCAACUGGGUGCUUCGGGACCCUCGUCGAAUCUCCAUGUUGGAGUCGCAGCCCAAGAAAAUAAAUAUCAGUCAUGGGAAGGCAGCCCAGCGGAAAGGGGACAUGGGAAGCACAGGCAGCAGGAGAUGCCUGCAACGAAACCCUAUCCACCUGCCCAAAGUGGUGGAAAGUGCCUUUCAGACGCUACGCUUUAAACCCAAGCUCAAGAAGAAAGACUAGCUGCUCAGAGAAACACUGUUUGUGCCUAGAGGACAUAAACAAUCACAGUGUGAUCAAGGAGACAGAGUUGCUAGUAGUAUUGAGGAAUAGCCUGAAUGAAUCCCUGGUGGAUAUGAGCUCUGUGAAUACUGUCAGCGCUUACUCACGGCUUCAUAAAUUAUCCACAGCAGAUCACAAUCUCUCUUUCAGUAGCUCUCAAUAGCAAAUGCUUAAAGCCAUUACCAGAGCAUAACCACUCUGCUGGAUGUGGAGCGAUCAUCCUGCGCACUGAUUCCACACAAACGUUUAUAUUUUUAUCUCGUUUGCAGAUAGGACAGAUAUUUGACAGGAAAGCUGGGGUAGAGAGUGGGAAGUAGGAUCAGUGUGAGGCAGGAAUUGAACUCAGGUCAUCAUAAGCACAAUUAAAGGCCUAUUUAAAUAAUCAGACAGAUGAACAGAGUUCCCGCUUUAAGCCAAAUAUCAAAUUCCCUGACUUCACUGACUAAAAAGCUUAAUUUACAUUACAUUCAUUGAACGUAUAAGAGGCUGCUGUUGUGCUUGUAUACUAAUAUUCAGGGCUUGACAUUAAUACCCGUCAAAUGCAGGUAGAUUUCAGCUGUGGUGGGUUAGAUAGACACCCCCACUAGCCACUUUGACUGGUUGAAAAUAAUUUUUAAGUAGACAGAACUGCCUCCAGAUUUUAUGUAAGCCGCAGCUGUUGCCGCUUUUGCUUUUACCUUUCUUUGAACAGAUUAUAACUGGGCCUAACGGUAACUGUGUGCACAUGAUUAGUCAUCCUUUCAUUAUCAAACACAGAAUGGUUUUCACCUGCUUUCUUCUGCUUAGUUUUAUUUGUAUUUAUGGUUUGAAUAUCAUCCUUUACAAUAACAUUGCUUUAAUAGGAGAUUAACUCUCCGUUUAUCUAUAGUUACCUGAUGAUAUAUGACCUUUAGCCUGGACAAACUACUGUGUUAGUUUUAGAUAAAUGACAAUCAUUUUUUUAAAUGUCAAUUAUUGUUUUUUUUUGUUUUUUUUUAUAAAAUUUUUGUUGGAUAAAAAGUGUAUGCAUCUAUAUUUAGCUUGUUUUGGAACAUUAUUAAAAAUCUGUUGCAAGAAAAUAAUUUGUUUAGAGUCCUAAAAAGUCAUGUGAAAAAAAAAAAAGUUAAAUUAACGACGAGGCAUGUUGACAUAACAGGAAUUUGUCAUUUUUAGCAUGCCAAAGUCAAAUUGAUGCAAUAAAAUAUAUUUUCCCGACAACAAAAUUGUGGCUAGUGUAAAAGGCAAGUGACUAGUAAUGUUGGAAAACUACAAGCCACAGUGGCUGGUGAUCAGAAAAGUUAAUGUCAAGCCCUGCUAAUAACAUAAUUGAGCCAGUAAUAUGAGAGCAAUUCAUAUUUUAUCUUUUUUUUUUUACCUAAAACUCUUGAAAUUUCUAUUAUUCUGGCAUGUUUGCUUCGUUUACAGGUACAGUCCUGGUUUAAAGCAAAAAAACAACAACAACAAUCCCUAAUACUCAAUGAUUCCCAAAAAAUUCCCUCUUUUUUAAUGUCUGUAAUUUACCUUUCAAAAUUCUAUGACUCAUGGGAAGUCUGGAUGAAUGAUGCUAAACAUAAGGUAAGAUGUGUUUUGUUGAUUUGUGAUAGGUAAGGGAGACAAAUUCCUGUUUACACCUGGAGUUUUGAUGUUUUUUUUUCACUUCAACAAUUUUUUUGUGUAUUUUUUUUCUGAACGUUUAGAGUAAUAUUGCAAAAUAAGCUUGCACAGUUUACAUUAAAGCAUGAAAGGGGACGACACAUUUGUUUGUGUCGUUAGCUGCAAAACUACAUUAAAAGCUUUGAGUUUGUUGCAGUCAGAAUUGUAAGAGAACAUCAUACUUUAUGCUAUUUUUUGCCUUUCAAAUAGGCAUGCAGCGUUUUCGAAGUUUUCUGCAAUUAGGAAAAGUCAAGGUUUUAAAAUCGGCAACAUUUUCUGUUUUUUUUUUUUUUUUUUAGUUUUUAGGACAACAGUAUCUCCAGCAGAAAAAAAUAUCCAAAAAUGGUAUUUUAAAUUGUAAAGAAAUCUGUGAAAAUCUUUUAGAAAUUUAUGAAGACAGCAGAACUCAAAGGUUAAUUUGAGUUAUUUAGCCUGACAUGUUUACUGUUUAAUAUUUUAAAUGUUUUUAGAGCAGUAAUCACAAUACCAUUAAACUGUGAUAUUUUUAUCCAAGGUUAUCAUACUAUCAGAAUCUUAUACCGACCCAUGCCUACUUUCAAGUAAACAUAUUCAGACUGUUUAAAUCCCAUUAGGCUAGUGCACUUCAAUAUUUCCUGUAUUAUUUAAGGCCCAUAAGCAAAAAGGAGUUUAUUAGCUGUUUGAACAUUCAACCUCAUGAGCGUUUUACUUUGAAAGCAAUCCAUUGAAAUGUUCCAUUGAAAUGUUUAAAAUUGUUCAAAAAUCCAUUGAAAAUUUUCAGCUGCCUCUAGAAGAGUGGGUAAGCUUAAAAUGAUACAGACCACUUUGCUACUGGAUUGACGAAAAUGCCUCUUAAAGGGAUAGUUCACCCAAAAAUGACGAUUACCUUACAUUAACAAACUCAUGUGACUUUUAAACCUUUAUGAGUUUCUUUCUUUUGUUUAACACAAAUAUAUUUGGAAGAAUGCUAGUUUCUGAGACCCAUCAACUUUAACAGUAGGAAAAAAAUUAUUAUGGAAGUAAAUUAGUGUCGACUACCAGCAAUUCUUUAUUUUAUUUUUUUGCAUUCAACAGAAGAAGGAAACUCAAAUAGAUUUAAAAGUCACAUGAAGGAGAGUCAAUGUAAGGUGAUUUUCAUUUUUGGAAUUUUUUUUUUUUUUUAUCCUUUUAACACCAGGUGUAAACAGGGUCUACGAAUUUAGCUUAGAAUUUAGCUAGUAGUUUUGAUUGGUGAGAUGAUUUAAAAUGCAAAACACAACUAUUUCUAUGAUGUACUACAGUAAAACUCUGGGGAUGGGGAUGAAAUAACAGUAUUUCUUUCCAUGACAACCAUCAAACCUAUACUAGUGCCUUAAUUGGUAGGUUUGUGCAACCAUUUUUUAUGACCGUUUAUGAUGAUUGUGAAAAUUUCUGCAACUUUAUCAAUAAUUGUGAAAACUAUUGUUUAAGAGUGAUGCAUUUGUACUUGUGUUUUUAGCAUUAAAAUCUAUAAAGAGGAACUAGGUGCAUGUGUUUCAAUGCAGAGCUAAAAAGGGCUGCUCUCUUCUUCUGAAAAAAAGGAAGCAGGAAUUGGGUAUUCCCCCUUUAGAAUAUAAUUAAAAAGUACAACAACACGAAAACAGGUGCAAUGAGCCUUUAAAACAAAUAAAUAGAUAAUAACUAAAUA